AUACACAUUAGUUGUUCAGUGUUUCUAUGAUGUUCCAGUUUCAAAUAUCUUGCAUAUGAAUGAUUAAUGGCUAUUCACACCAUAGUUAUUAGGCUCUUUGUACAGCCUAAACUUGUGGUUGGACUAGGAUUAUCCUGAUUUCAUGGAAAACUUUAACCAUGAAAUAAUUCAAUAGCUAGACGACAAUACUCCUCAUGCACAUCAACAACUUCGUCACAGAAAUGGAUGAAAUUCAGAAGAAAAAUUAGUAUAGCAGAAAAGUGUUAUUCAUAUCCCUUUACCUAUUUUUCUAUUUUUUACUCACUCAUGCACUGUCCCUGAAUAACCCAAGCAAGAAAAUAGCUUCUUACUAAACAAGUAGAUUCUUGAUUCUAGUGCAAAGUUCACCAAGACCAAACAACAGAAACACAAAGGUGGCAACGAUCCUUGAAUGUUACAAAGUCCUUAAUGUGAUCAAAAGAAUGAGAUAACCUCUUUGGUUUUCCAUAAGUAAGGAAGUAUUAGUUAAAAUUUAAUAGAAGAUCCUAAUCCAACUUGCAUCAUUGCUCACAUCACCUCCCUUAUGAUCUUGGCCUCUCAAUAACCGACUAACUAUUUUUUCAUUAAUUGUCUGCUUCAAUUUUAAUACCUUGUUUAACAAUUACUCUCUCUUUAUUGGUGUAUUAUAGAGCCCACCACAGUAUCAUUUACACUCUCAACAUCCAAAGAAAACCUAACAUCUGUAGAUCUCCCUCCUUUACAAAUCAAAUCUUCAGCCUCCUUCCCUUUAUAUAGAGAUAUACCAACACUUUUAUUUAACUUAUUAGCUUCCAUUAUCACUGCUCUCUCUUUCUCUAACCACCCCAUCCCGCACCCCCACCCCCCACCCCCACGCCCCAAAAAAAAAAAAAAAAUCACAUGCACUCUGCUUACAUGAUAAUGUAAAAUUCUGAUUUUCUUUAGUACUCUUCUGCCCUCUGUUCAAGGUCAUGUAGCUAAGUUUAGCAGCAAACACCAUCCAAUAGAGCAGACUGGAUGAUGAGAAUAUGUUAGCUGACUGUGACACAACAUUAGCCCCCUCAGCUGAGCUACCAAAUGUUACGAUAUUUGUUAGCUCAUGGAAUGUUGGAGGCAUUGCACCACCCAACGACUUGAACAUGGAGGACUUGCUCGAUACUCAAAAUGACUUGGCUGAUAUUUAUGUUCUCGGGUUUCAAGAAAUUGUACCUCUGAAUGCUGGAAGCGUUAUAGUGCCAGAGAAUACAAAUUUAUGCAUGCAAUGGAAUUCUCUUAUCGGCAAAGCUCUGAACAAGAUAGCUGUCAACAACAUCACCCUGCAGAAGUCGGAGGAAGAAGAAAGUCAAAAGGUUUACCCACUAAAGAAUGGGAGUUCCUUGAAGUUCAAUAUGGAUAAUUCAACACAAUUUGAAUGCAUAAUUAGCAAGCAAAUGGUGGGAAUUUUUAUCACCAUAUGGGUGCGAUCUCCACUCCUUCCCUAUAUCAGUCAUACAAGUGUCUCCAGUGUAGGCUGUGGUAUUUUUGGCUACCUUGGAAACAAGGGUUCAGUGUCGGUUAGAUUUUGCUUGCAUGAAACAAGCUUCUGCUUUGUGUGUAGUCAUUUGGCUUCGGGAGGAAAAGAAGGAGAUGAGAGACAGAGAAAUGCAGAUGCCUCCCAAAUACUAUCACGCACAAGAUUUUCUUGUGACUCAUUUCAGUAUUUGCCAAGAAAAAUUCUACAGCACGAUAGGGUGAUUUGGCUAGGCGACCUGAACUAUAGGAUUUACUUACCUGAAGCCACAACAAGAUCAUUAGUCAACGAAGGGCAGUGGAGCAUCUUACUACAAAAGGAUCAGCUGAAGGCCGAGCUAAGAGAAGGCUGUAUUUUCAAAGGUUGGCAAGAGGAAGAAAUUGAGUUUGCACCAACAUAUAAAUAUUUUCCAGAUUCUGAUGAGUAUUACGGCUGCAGUCAGAACAGAAAAAGGGGAAAGAGUCGAGCCCCAGCUUGGUGCGAUCGCAUUAUAUGGUUUGGCAAGGGACUGAAGCAAAGCCAGUAUAAUAGAGGUGAGUUCAGAUUGUCAGACCACAGACCAGUACGGGCAAUUUUCACGGCAGAGGUCAAGGUUCCAUCACCAUUAUAUUAGAGGACUUGGAAAGCCUUGUUGAACAGUUUUGACCACUUGUGAAGCACUUACUAAAUUUCUAAUAAUGGCAGUACUGAUUAUUGUGUAUGGUAAAUAUACUGAAACAGAAGUAUUCAAAACACCAGCAGAACACAAUAAGUGGAAAAAGGGACAGUGAAAAAGGAAAUUAAGAGCCUAGAAUUUGGGUCCAAAAUGAUGAGGCAAAUUUGGCCACUUGCUGACAUUUUGUGUUAUAGGUUUCUUUUGUGUUGCGAGAGUAAGGAGGAAGCAAGGGGAUGAUGAAUUUUCUGGCUGAUUCAUUUCAAGUUUUCUUUUUGUUGCAAACAAGAGAAACGAAAAAGAAAGGGAUUGUGGAAAGGUGAGGCAAGCAUAAUUUUGUUGAAGUAUCUUUUAGGAACAUCGAAGCUAUAUUGAUCCAGAAAGGGAAAUACAUGGUUCAUAUCAGAAUACAUGUGGCAACAGAAACUAUAAGAUGCACCGAUCAAAAAAAGACACGAUAUAAUGCAUGUAGAUUGUACCUUAACAAAUAAAGUACAAAUGUUUUCACUAGGA